AGAAAACAACAGCUCACUGAAGAAGACAGCGCUCUCUACAUCUGCAAGAUCAACGGCUCGCUUUACCGACACAUCAGAGUUCAUGUGAAAGGGUGUUCACUGUCAGAUCCAGGUCAAUUGGAGCUGAGGGCUGCGUUUGGCCAGGCUGUCCUCUUGCCCUGCUCUUGUUCUGAUCCUCAGGCCACACCCAGCAGGCUGACCUGGACUGUGGGCAGUCGACUAGGUGUCAUAGAGAUGUGGUCUACCCUGUCAUCUAAAUGGAGUGAUGUCUACCGACACAGGGCUGUCUUCAGCAACAGCACUUCUGGAGACCUUUCUGUCCUUCUCUCCAACUUCACUAAGAGUGAUGAGGGGGUGUAUGUGUGCAAGAUCAUGACUCACAAUAAAACUGAACAAAUGCUCACCUUCCUGUCUGGUCAACAGGAUUCGGUUCCACCUGCAUACUCCCAUAUUGCAGUGCUUCUGUUAUUCACAGUUCCUCUUGCAGUAGGGUUUCACACCUACAAUUCAGUGAGAAAGAAGCAGAGAGGUGAUUCAGCAGAUUCCACAGAGGGACAUGAGAUUGCCAUGGAACUCACCACGUGUGAUGGCGUAGACGUAUCUAGAGUAACCACGAUUCAUAACUUAUAACUCUCACAUCUCGAUCUGCGCAAUAUCUGUCUUGACAGUGUGUUGUGGUGGACCAGACUGGUUAGACUUUCUUUCUUUCUUUCUUUCUUUCUUUCUUUGAUUUCUUUUUUGACACUCUUUUUUGUCUCUGUGAAAGUUUCUACACAAUCUUUACCCUGCUGUAGCAGUGGUUGGGCUACCCAGAGUGGCCCCUGUCACAUGCAGUCUAUAUGUCCUCAAUUAAGCAUGGAGUAUGUGUUACUUGGAGGGUUUGAAUGCACUUUGGAGAAACAAUGAAUGCUUACGAGAUAAAAUGUGUGUUUGCAUAGGAUGUGUUAAAAAUUGCUUCCAUAUGUGUAUUUAGACAGGAUGGAUUAGCAAUAGCUUGCAAUAUGUUUUUAGAACUCUUUUCCAUUCUGUUAUGGAUUAGCAACUGCUUGUUGAUGUGCAUUUUAGAUAUGAUGUGUUACAACGUCUUGCGUAAAGAUGCAGACGGGAGGCAUCAGCUUGUAACCGUUUGCGCAAUUAGUUUAUUGACCUUAUUCUGUCCCGCCCACUUUUCUCAUCUUUUCGCACUUUCGUUGUAUUGUCACUUCCUGUUUACCGGGAGUAUCAUUCAGUUCAAUCGACAACUGUCGGGAAGUCCCGGUGCUCAAAUAUUAAAUAAAUAGGUCGAUUUGUGCCAGAUGUGCUGUGUUCGUGUGCUACAAUAAGUCAGCAAUACACCUUUUCACUGGAUGGCUUGAAAACGACUUAAUGUUUAUAUAAUUCGUUUGCCGGUCAGAUUACUGCGCUAUGCUGUGCAGACAUACAUCAUUAGCCACAAACAUAAGAUGUUCUAACGAUUUCACUGCAGGGUAUGCAUUAUACGUUGUUUGAAAGCUUAGGUCCUGUAGAAUUCAGUCAUCGUGACUUCCGGAAUAAGGUGAAACUGCCUAACAUAGGAUGUGAUUAGAAAACGGAUUGCAUAGAGAGAACAGAGGGGGCCCUAGGUUUUUAGAACACAGGAUAUGUAGAAGUAUAUGUGACCAUAGACAUUAUGUAGGGUGAUUUCAGGUAAUGUGGGACACUUUUUGGUAGAAGCUCCAGUAGACUUACAAAAUAAUUGUUAACUCGCCCCAGUGGUGUUUAUGUAGCCUAAAUCGUUUUAGGACUUAAGAACAUUUUCAUGUUGGAAUGAAAUGGGAAUACACAAUAUUUUAGAAGCUACACACUUUCAAACAUAACAUGACCCCCUCUCUCACUCAGGCAGCAUUUUCAGGUAAUGUGGGACAGUCAUUGUCUGUCAGCCUAGUCUGCUAAUAUUAUAAUAAUUAGUUAACAAUGUUAGGUGCAAGGGUGUGGCAAGAUUAAUUUAGUUGUGGGGGUUGACUUAUACAAUAGGCAUAAAGUGUAACUGAUGGACUAGCGUUAGCGGUCUCGCUUACAAGUCUGAAAGCGCUGGUUCGAUGACAGUGUGAGUUGUUAUUUAGUUGGGAACUUAAGUGCAGUAUGAUGCAUUGGUAUUAAACAUUUGAUAACUGUCGAAUAAAAAAAAAUUAGGGCAUAAACACAGCAUUACUAGAUGUCCCACUUUACCUGAAAA